AUGACCGAGUCAAGAAAAGUUUCCACUCGAUGCAAAGCACGAGGAACACAGGACGACCUGCAUGAACUACACGGCGACCUGCAUGAACUACACAACGACCUGCAUGAACUACACGACGACCUGCAUGAACUACACAACGACCUGCAUGAACUACACGAAGACCUGCAUGAACUACACGGCGACCUGCAUGAACUACACGACGACCUGCAUGAACUACAUGACGACCUGCAUGAACUACACGACGACCUGCAUGAACUACACGACGACCUGUGUAACACGAGUUUGUUACACCUGCAUGAACUACACGACGACCUGCAUGAACUACACGACGACCUGCAUGAACUACACGACGACCUGCAUGAACUACACGACGACCUGCAUGAUCUACACGACGACCUGCAUGAUCUACACGACGACCUGCACGAACUACACGACGACCUGAAGGAACUACACGACGACCUGCAUGAUCUACACGACGACCUGCAUGAUCUACACGACGACCUGCAUGAUCUACACGACGACCUGCAUGAUCUACACGACGACCUGCAUGAAUUACACGACGACCUGCAUGAUCUACACGACGACCUGCAUGAACUACACGACGACCUGUAUGAACUACAAGACGACCAACAUGAAUUACACGACGACCUGCAUGAUCUACACGACGACCUGCAUGAACUUCACGACGACCUGAAUGACCUUCACGACGACCUGCAUGAUCUUCACGACGACCUGCAUGAUCUAUAUGACGACCUGCAUGAACUUCACGACAACCUGCAUGAUCUUCACAACGACCUGCAUGAUCUACACGACGACCUGUAUGAACUUCACGACGAUCUGAAUGACCUUCACGACGACCUGCAUGAUCUUCACGACGACCUGUAUGAUCUACAUGACGACCUGCUUGAACUUCACGACGACCUGCAUGAACUACACGACGACCUGCAUGAACUACACAACGACCUGCAUGAUCUACACGACGACCUGCAUCAACUUCACGAUGACCUGCAUGAUCUACACGACGACCUACAUGAUCUACACGACGACCUACAUGAUCUACACGAUGACCUGCAUGAUCUACACUACGACCUGCAUGAUCUUCACGACGACCUACAUGAACUACACGACGACCUGCAUGAUCUUCACGACGAUCUGCAA